UGUAAAUUCCAAUGUAUGUCCUAUAUGACUCUAACCUGACACGCCAUGGACAUGAAUGUGACCAUCUUUCUAAAUUAGUUCAGUUAAAUACAGCUCAAGGACAACAAUGUAAUGGUCAAAGUUAUCAACUUUAUUGUUUUUUUAAACUAUGCAUUCUGAAUUUGGUGCCUGUGACAUGUUCCAGAAAGGUUGGGACAGGGGUAAGAAACAACUGGGAAAGUUGUGGAAAUCUCAAAAACAUCUGGAACAUUGCACAGGUCCAUUUCCAUCUUCUUCUGCAUGUCCAAGGUCGGGUCGUGGUGGCAACAGCCGAAUAAGACAUUCCGAGGCAUCUCCCUUCCCAGCAAUGUUUUCCAGUUUCGAAGGGAUUCCAAGGUGCUCCCUCCCAGUCAGAGAGGAUCCAGUGGUGAAGUAUCAACAUAGUGUAUCAUUGUUAUUGUUUAAAGUGCAGUCCAAACACAACCAUGGCGGAGAAACAGGACUGGGAAAAGCUUAAGGAGAGGAAAGGGAGAUUAACUGUGGUCCUGGCUCUGGCUACACUCAUAUCUGCAUUUGGUUCAUCUUUCCAGUAUGGUUAUAAUGUGGCUGUGAUCAAUUCUCCUGCACCGUUCAUGCAGGAGUUCUAUAACAGCACAUAUGAGCAGCGUUACGGCAGAUCAAUAGAGGACAACUUCCUCACUCUGCUGUGGUCUCUGUCUGUGUCUAUGUAUCCUCUGGGAGGCUUCUUUGGCUCCCUGAUGGUGGCCCCUCUGGUCAACAAACUGGGGAGGAAAGGCACCCUCCUCUUCAAUAACAUCUUCUCCAUCGUCCCCGCUGUGAUGAUGGGAGUCAGCGAGAUUGCCAAGUCCUAUGAGAUCAUCAUCGUGGCGAGGUUUAUAGUGGGCAUCUGUGCAGGUCUCUCGUCCAAUGUGGUGCCCAUGUAUUUGGGAGAACUGUCUCCCAAAAACCUUAGGGGAGCCCUUGGCAUCGUGCCACAGCUCUUCAUCACUAUUGGCAUCCUCUGUGCACAAGUGCUGGGCAUCAGAAACAUACUGGGCAACAGCACAGGUUGGCCUAUCAUGCUGGGUUUGACUGGAAUUCCUGCCCUGAUAGAGCUGAUGCUGCUGCCAUUUUUCCCAGAGAGCCCAAGAUACAUGCUCAUACAAAAAGGAGAUGAGAAGACAGCAAAGAAAGCACUACAGCGUCUCCGUGGCUGGGAAGAUGUAGAUGCAGAGCUGUCAGAGAUGCAUAUGGAGGACCAGUCAGAAAAGGCCGAGGGCCACCUGUCGGUGCUCAGCCUGCUGUCCCAGCGCUCCCUCCGCUGGCAGCUGGUCUCUAUCAUCAUCAUGAACAUGGGGCAGCAGCUGUCAGGGGUCAACGCAAUCUACUACUAUGCUGACAGUAUUUAUGCGUCUGCUGGAGUGAAAGAGAAUGAUAUCCAGUAUGUCACAGUGGGGACAGGAGCAGUGAAUGUCUUCAUGACCAUAGCUGCUGUCUUCAUUGUGGAGGCCUCAGGGCGACGGCUGCUCCUCCUCUGUGGGUUUGGGAUCUGCUGUGGAGCCUGUGUGCUGCUCACUGUAGCCCUUAACUUCCAGGAGAGUGUUGCAUGGAUGCCCUAUAUCAGCAUCGCCUGUGUCAUCAUCUACGUCAUAGGACACGCCAUAGGACCCAGUCCCAUUCCUUAUGUGGUGACCACAGAGAUGUUCAGGCAGUCGGCCCGGCCUGCCGCCUUUAUGGUCGCAGGCUCCGUCCACUGGCUCUCCAACUUCACUGUUGGCCUUGUCUUCCCCUUCCUAGAGAGUGGUCUGGGCCCCUACAGCUUUAUCAUUUUCUCCAUCAUCUGUCUGGUCACACUGAUCUACAUCUGGCUGGUGGUCCCUGAAACCAAGAACAAGACCUUUCUGGAGAUCUGCCAGAUGUUUGCCAAGAGGAACAAAGUGGAGAUCAAACUGGGUGACGGAGAUCUGCCGCUGCAAGGAAGCAAAGAGAAGCUGGGGGACGAUGUGAAGGUCACGGCCUUCUGAAGACAAAUGAGAGCAUUCAAGGGAGAGGAAGUGUGCGCUCUGGGGAGGACUGAAAU